AUGAUGAUCCCGUGGGGUGGCGUGGGGUGUUACCUCAGCGCUGCGGCGCUGUAUCUCCUCGGCAGGAGCAGCGGAAGGGAUGCAGAGGUGCUGCGGUCGGUGGCGAGGGCUGGCAGCAUGAAGGAUUUAGCUGCUAUCUUGGACACUGCAAGUAAAGUCCUACCACUUGUAGUUGCUGUCUCUGGGAGAGUUGGUUCAGACACACCACUUAUAUGCCAACAAAGCGGCAUGAGAGGUGUAAUCGUUGAGGAAACGGCUGAACAACACUUCCUUGAAGCACAACGAUGCUGGAUCCUGGAUUCAAGAUUCUGCAGUGAUGCUUUCUCUGGUUUAAUUUUAACUGUUGCUAGUGAGGUUUUUGAGGAGUCGGGGAGGACUCUUGUACGUGGAACUCUAGAUUAUUUACAAGGGUUGAAGAUGCUGGGAGUAAAGCGAACUGAAAGGGUUCUUCCAACCGGAACCUCAUUGACGGUUGUUGGUGAGGCCAUUAAAGAUGAUGUUGGAACUAUUCGAAUUCAGCGACCACAUAAAGGACCCUUUUAUGUAUCACCAAAAAGCAUUGAUCAACUUAUUUUGAAUCUUGGAAAAUGGGCCAAGUUAUACCGCCUUGCUUCAAUGGGCUUUGCAACAUUUGGUGUCUUCCUUCUUGCAAAGCGUGCAAUACAACAUUUUCUAGAAAGAAAGCGCCGACAUGAACUGCAAAAAAGGGUUCUUAAUGCAGCAGCACAAAGACAAGCUAGAGAAGCUGAAGGGAGCAAUGGUUCAUCGGACACAGAGCCUAACAGUAAAAAAGACCAAUUAGUGUUGGAUAUAUGUGUCAUAUGCCUUGAGCAAGAGUACAAUGCUGUUUUUGUGCCCUUGCCUCAUAACUUGACAAAACUUGAAUACUGCUAA